AUGCACAGCCUCGUUGAUGCUGAGCGGUGCAAUAAAACGAUCUGGGCAAACAAGUUUACGGAGACGCUAUCGAGCCCUGUGGUUACGGAGGCGAACAAGGGCAGACCCUUGUAUUGCUUCUACGACUUUCUCAUCCAUCCGAACGACGAGGGCGACAUCAUCGGACUAGAAGUGACGAGCAUGGACGUCGGCACGUACACCGACAGCGGAAAGUGCGAGAAUGGCUUCAUGCAGAUCAUAGAUGGCGUUUACGACGCGCGCCAGAACAAUCGCCAACAUCCGGGUUACUUCUGCGGCAAUCCGCAGCGACCGCAUUUUUUCUACUCGGAGACAAAGUCGAUACGGCUCGUGUUUUCGACGCCGAAGUACGACCAUAACGUGCUCCUUCAACUGCGCUACCGCACAUACACGAAGAAGGACGCGUCGGUGCGAUUCGGCAAAUUCGGCGUCGGCGACAGGGGGCGCCACGUCGACGCGACGUACUGCGACAUGGAGUUUAUCAACUGCGACUCGGCGCGAAACUGUCUCGUGCUGUCGCCGGGUUUCCCGGGAAUCUACCCGCGUAACCUUACCUGUCGCUAUCACCUCAUGUGGGACGGCAUGGACAACCAGGUACGCAUCUCUAAUCAAGCUCUGUUUGUCGUCGGCGGACCUCCCUGCGACGACCCCUACUUCUGCGACACUACGGCCGUGUUGACACGCGACGACUGCGACGGACGCGACCACGUGCGAUUUUACGACGGAGAGACGACGGCUGCCACCGUCAUCGGGACCUUCUGCGGUAAGGGUCAAGUCCCCGACGUCGUCUCCAGCGGUAAGCACAUGGUCGUCGAGUUUGCGUCGACGCGCGACGGUCGUUUCCUUGACAACGGCUUCCAGUUCCGCUCGCACUUCGUGCCAAACUUCUACCGCGUGCCAAGCUCAAGGAUCGUGAACGCCAAAUGCGAUUGGAUCUUCUACGGAAGCAUGAUCAGUUCCGGUCAGCUGAACAGCGUCGAUCAUUGGUACCCGCCUGGAACAGUCUGCACGUUCCGGUUCGCCGGACUUCCUAACCAGCGCGUUCUCCUCUACUUCACGUCGUUCGACACCGUCUACAACGACUCGUGCGCGACGAACAUCACGCUUUACGACGCACAGCGGGCCGACAGGUACAAACUCGAGGCGGUCUUCUGCGGACACAGUCGCCCGAAGCUGUGUCCGCAGGAGACGCAGCUUGGCGAGAAGAAAGGAUGCGGACGCGAUCAGAGGUACGUGUCGAGCGGAUCGGACUACCUCCUCGCCUUCUAUGGCACGCGCGGGUCGCUGACGGGCGACGAAUUCGAAUACAAGAUCAUGUACGAGUUCAUAAACACCACCGUAACGCACUUCGCUUCGGCGAUGCCCGGACCGGUCGCCGAGGGCUCGCUGUCGGCCGACGAUACGGCCGGUAGUUGCAACGUGCAUUACGAUAGCUGGGGCGCGGCGACGCGUCGCCGAGGUAACUUCUCCUCGCCGACGAACCCGCUCUUCUACGGUCCGGGCGGGAACACACGUCUGCGCUGUAAGUACACGUUCAGAGGUCUCUCCUUCGAGCGUCUGAAGAUCACGCUUCACGAACUGCACCUGCGCAACUACCGCGGCUGCGACCGCACCGCCGAGGGGCGCUGUCUGUCGCUGCAAGGUCGCGACGCCGACGUCAACACGCUGACAAUCGUCGACGGGUCGCACUCGAACACCGUCUGUCUGUGCAACUCCGGCUCGGAGCUUUACCCGGUCGGCUACACGUCGCUGACGCACACCGUCGACGUCUUCUUCGAGAUCGCCAACAUCACCGUGCGCGACGACUCGCGCACGUUCAACUUCAGCGCCACCUAUGAGUUCGUCGUCUUCGACUGCGGCGGGCAGGCGAGCUUCCGCGGCCGCCAGGGCCUGCUGUUCUCGCCCAACGUGACGUCAUCGCUGCGAUGUCGCUGGACAAUAUCCGUGUCGGCGGGAAGAUUCGUCUACCUCCGCUUCCUCGAUUUCUACUUCCAGGGCCGCUGCGAAACGAAUCGUCUGCGAUUCUACGAGUACAACGCGUCGGUGCCCUACGCCGAAGUAUGCGCCGGGAAUUUCCAACCGGAAAUCUUCUCCAAGGGUUGGGACGAACACGAGAUGGCGUCGACGCCGACGACGUCGCAUCGCGUCAUCGUCGAGAUGGUUGCCGACGACCCGGCCGGUCGCUUUCACAUCCUCUGGUCGGAAGUGUCGCGUAAGGUGACGCGACAACGCAAGGACGACAUCCUGCGCGUGACGAACCAGGACUGCGACUUCGAGUGUCCCGACGGACGCACGUGCAUCGCUCGCGAGCUCGUCUGCAACGGCAUCCGCAACUGUCCGGACGCGCGCGCGACGAGCGAACACAGCAUGGUCGAGGAACGCAAGAGCCUCGAGCUGUUCUUAGACGACGAGAGCGGCGGAGACUGCGACAGUGAUCAGAGUCUGCUGUAUCUGCUGCUGGGAGCAGUGUCGGCCGUCGCCGUGCUGUUCAUUGUCGUAGUGACGUACUGCAUCUACCGGUGCUGCAACUACGAGCGGAAGGAGCCGCGGUAUCUCUACAGAUGAGACAGAUAUGUCUCCACAGGUGAGACAGAUAUGUCUCUACAGUUGAGACAUCAAUGUCUCUACAUGUGAGACAUCAAUGUCUCUGCAGAGGAGACAGAUAUUGAUCUACAGGUGAGACAUAGAUAUCUGUACUGAUGAGACAGAGAUGUCUCUACAGAUGAAUCAUCAAUAUCUCUACAGGUGAGUCAGAGAUAUCUCUACAGUCGAGACAGAGAUCUCUACAUACGAGACAGCGAUAUCUCCACAGAUGAGUCAGAGAUGUCUCUACAGUUGAGACAGGGAUAUCUCUACAUGAGACAGAGAUGUCUCUCCUGCUGUCAGUGAUUCACGGGAGCGGUUUAGCUAUAAUCAGGUAGCUGUAGGGUUCCCCACGCCUACUCUCAGCAGGGCGUAUCAUUAGGGUGUGAACAGCGAGGUAGUCCGCGUCUACCAACCCACGGAAGACAUGACGCCGGCGGCAAGCGACGGGUAGUCAUGA